AUGCAGAAGUGGGGGCUGUGGGCUGCGGCCGUCCUGACCCUCCUCUCCGCACAGGCCUUUCCACAAACGGACAUCAACAUCAGCCCAGCCAUGCCAGAGCUGCCCCAGGCUUCCCUGUGCCCACUGUUCUGGAUGGAGUUCAGAGGCCACUGCUACAGAUUUUUCCCUCUCAAUAAGACCUGGGCCGAAGCUGACUUCUACUGCUCUGAGUUCUCCAUCGGCAGGAAGUCCGCCAAACUGGCCUCCAUCCACAGCUGGGAGGAGAAUGUCUUUGUGUAUGACCUCGUGAAUAGCUGUGUUCCUGGGAUCCCAGCUGACAUCUGGACAGGGCUUCACGAUCACAGGCAGGAAGGGCAGUUUGAAUGGACAGACGGCUCAUCCUAUGACUAUAGCUACUGGGAUGGGAGCCAGCCAGACGACGGCGUCCACGCGGACCCAGAAGAGGAGGAUUGCGUGCAAAUAUGGUACCGGCCCACCAGUGCUCUGAGGUCAUGGAAUGACAACACCUGCAGCCGAAAGUUCCCCUUUGUCUGCAAGAUCACAGCCCUGACCAUUCACUGAUCCAGUCUUGCCCUCUCGGAGCAAGCCCAACUCCAGCAUCGACCUGAUCUGUAGCUGUACCUAAU